UACGAUCAUGCACCCAUGCUACUUUUUCCCACAACAAACAUUCGGAAAAUGAAAUAGCGAUGAAUGCGGAAUUGUUUUAAACAAUGUGGUUAUUAUUGACAAAAAAAAUAGUUUGAGCUGUUGGGGUUUGUCCUGGAUAACGCUAAAAUUCGUGUCAACAAUCUAGCCAACUUCAUAGCCUCCCUCGGCAGUCUGCGCUAACGUUAGUUAAAUGUAUUUUCCUGGGAGUGUUAAGCGUUCAUAUUUAUUAAAGUAAUUUAUAUCAAUCGAUGUUAGUAUUUAUCUAGCUAACUAGGUAGCUAUAAGAUAGCAACUCACCAGAAGACAUUCCAAAGAUUCGUAUGAGAAGUCGUCAUCCCUUCUCAAGAUGUUUGCAGAGCUCAACAGUAUUCUCAAUACUAGUCCCGACAACUUCAAGGCGGGAGAGUUUAUCUUGGUGUCUGACAAACAGACAGACGCGUCCUUCCUCAUUCACCAUUUCCUCUCCUUUUAUUUACGAGGGUGUGAGUUUGGCCCAGGCAAGGGAGAAAGGGCAGCUGGUGUUCAUAGAGGGACUAAAGGAAUCCUUGGGGGUACUGCUUCAGGGGGAGUCCAGCAAAGGAACCCGGGCAGUGGACUUCCUCAGAGACCCCAGUUCUGGCCUGCAGGGUCUAUAUGACUUUGUGCGGGACAAUGUAAGGUUGGCAGUAGGGGGAAGUGGUGAGGAGUGGGGUCCCCCUGUGCUCCUGGUGGAUGACCUCAGUGUGGUCCUGAGUCUGGGGGUCAGUGUUGGGGCAGCGCUGGACUUCAGUCAUUACUGCAGAGCCACUGUCUGCUCUGAGCUGCAGGGCAGCAUGGUGAUGUUGGUGCGAUGUGAGGCAGAAGAAGAGGAGAGUGAUGAUGAACGCUCAGAGUGGCUCCUGAGGGGCCUUAUACACCAGUGCAGCCUCACACUCCAAGUACAGGGUCUCCCCACCGGCUACUGCAGGGACAUCCACGGACAAGUCAGAUGGAUUACAUUAUCUGUGUGAGAGUGGGGAAAAAAGAGAGAAAGAGAACUGUUAAACGCAUUAAGCUGAACCGUACUGUGUGUGUUUCAGGUGGAAGCGAGGACAAUGUGACAGGUGGCCGACCCAGAAGAAACUCUUCCAAUACAAGGUCCACGACAAGGGGGCUUCCUUUUUCGCCAGGGGGACAUUCAGUGCAGUCCUUUAAGCCCUCGAUGGAUCCUUUCUGCCUCCCUUCCCAGUGUCGACCCCCAGUCCCUCACCUCUCAGUCACAUGGCUCUCUGAGCUCAACCAGAGAAUGAUAGAGGCCUCUAGUGGCCAAAAGUCUGUAUUAGCAUGGGCAGCUAUUGGGCCAUUGGGCUUCCAACAUUUUAAAAUAGUCAACCUCGUGGAACUUCCAACUUCAUUGGCUCUUCAUUGGCUGAUCCCUCCUGGUGACUCUGUUGGAAUCAUGUCCAACCGGGUCAUCAGGAGGGAUCAGCCAAUCGUGAAGAAGAAAAUUGAGAUUUUGCCUCUGGAGCUGCCAAUGCUGUUAUAGAGUUGUAAUGGCACAGCUAGAAAGAUGAGUCAUCUAUCUAUCUCUAUGGGCUCAACACACAUGUGGGAGGUUUGCAAUUUAGGACAACCAAAGUGCUGAAUUAUGGUCAUGAAACAGGUUGGGAUCAGUUUUGAACUGGAGAUGUGGUAUUGAAUUGAACAUUGGAUUUCUGCAUUAGAACCAACCCGACACAUGCAUUGCAAAGCUGACAUAGGAAGCCUGGGUGAAUAGGUAAUUUCUCAAGCGACAUGGGAACUUAUCUAACUAGGUUGGACUUGUGUUAUACAAAACAAUAAAAAAUAAACAGCACAUUUAA